AUGUGUAGUCCAACAGCGGCUAUGGUCGGAGUGCAAGUUCUUAAGGGUUAUAAAGAUGCAAAACAAAUCAAUGAUCAGUAUGUUGCACAAAGACGAAUGUACGAGGCGCAAGAGCGUGCCGUAAGGCAAAAUUCGGAAAUUGUCAAAAAAGCAAACGAAAGAGUUGCGGAGAAUUAUGCACGUGACCAAAAGAAACUAAACGACAGAUUAAAAUUAGUUAGGGGGCAACAAGCGGCCGCGGCAGGUGCGAGUGGUAUUAGCGGAAACAGCGGCUCUUUACUUGAUGCCGCAAGUGCAGCAAAUGAUGAGUGGCGUGACGCAUCUUUUGAUUUGUUACGCAAACAAAGAGAGGACACAUGGGCGAACUUUGUGCAGGCAGCAAACUAUGAUGCUCAAGCUAAUAUUUAUGACUCAUUAGAGGAACAAAACAAAGCAGCAAGAAAAAAAGCGAUGUUGGGUUCAAUUAUUGGGAGUGCUUUUUCUAUAUAUGGUGCUGCCACUGGUCAAAGUUUGGCAAAUACUGUUAGUGGAUUAUUUGGCGGAGGCACUAAUAAUAACAGCAACACAGGCGGAUUUUACACUGCCACUCCAAAUGGCACAAUAUCGUUGUAUGGCACUAACACCAAUAAUUACGGAACAAGUAUUGGCGGAAGCACUUUAUAUGGCAGUACAGGCAUAUAUGAUAAUAGGAAUGGCUCAACGACAGAAUUUCCGUAUACAUUCCAAAUCAUAGACCCUACAGACAUUAAAGUAUAUAUUGUUAAUCCUGAGGGUGUGGAAACACUAAUCACAAGUGAUUAUUAUGUUGAUAUGAGUCAACAAGAGGUGCAUUACCCAGGGUAUGCUCCGGGUGCCGCAGAGCCGGGCAGUGAGACACCACCAAUAUUGCCGGUUGGUUGGAAGAUUAUACUUUAUAGACAAUUACCGAUUGACCAACAAAGUGUUUUAGAUAACAACUGGCCUUUCAAAGAAAUAGAACACAUGGUGGACAAAAGCCGCAUCAUUGAACAACAAUUGGCUGGCGACCUAAAACGUGCAUUAAAGAUUUCAUUGCAGUUUCCCAAUUUAGACAUUACCGUUCCGGUCGGUGCAAAUAAAUCAUUGCGUUGGAAUAGUGACGGCACCAAGCUGGAAUUGACGGUUGACCCUGCCGAUGUAUUACCUGUUGCACAAUCCUUAUUAGCGGCGACUCAAGCGGCACGAGAUGCAUUGCUUAUGCGUCCCGGGUAUUUGGCGGUUGAGAGCAGUAUAGAUAAGAUAGACACUAUUGCUGCUGAUUUGACUAAUCUUGAUAAUGUUGCAGAUAAUAUUGCGGUUAUUGCUCCCGUUGGUGCAGCAAUUGACCAAGUCGAAGAAGUUGCAGAUGACUUGGCAAAAAUAAACGGCGUACAUGAUAAUUUGAACAAUAUAAACGCUGUAUAUUCAAUUAAAGAUGAUAUAUCGGCGGUUGCAGAAAUUAGUUUAGAUGUAUCUAAUGUUAGUACCAUUAAAACCGAUAUUCAGUCGGUUGCCACAAAUAUAGAUAAUAUUAUUAAUGUAGCAGGCAAUCUUGCCCCGGUAAAAAUCGUUGGUGACAACAUUAAUUCCAUUCUUACGGUUAACAGCAAUUUGCCAAACAUUAAUGUUGUUGCUAACAAUAAAGCAAACAUCGAUAAUGUUGCAACAAACAUCACCGGUGUUAAUACCGUUGCCACAAACAUGAAUAAUGUAUUGGUUGUUGCUAACAGCAAAGCAAAUAUUGAUGCAGUGGCAUUAAAUAAAACUAAUAUAGAUACUAUUGCAACAAAUUUAACAUCUAUUCAAGCGGUAGUAAGUAAUUUGCCUGCAAUUUUGGCUGCACUUGAUUAUGCAUUACUUGCCAAGCAAUGGGCAAUAGGUGAUCCAACAGAACCGGAAGACGGCAGUGCGAAAUAUUGGGCAUUUCAAUCACAUGCCGACCAGAUGCAGGCAGAUUGGGAUGUUACAGACCCGACUGAUGUCAGGUACAUAAAAAAUAAACCUGCAAAAUUACCAGAAGACCAUAGCGAUGUAACGACGAAAUAUGGCGGUGGCACCAAUGAGAAGUAUGGGCAUGUAAGGUUGUUAGAUAAUAUUAUACAUGCUUGGGCGACUCCAGCAUCUUUUCCUGUUGCAUAUUGUAAAGGCAUAACUUAUGGUAAUAAUAAAUUUGUUGCUGUUGGAGCUAAUGGAAUGAUUACCACAUCUAAUGAUGGCAUUCUUUGGUCAGAACCGGUACAGGUUAGUACCAAUCAAUGGCAAUGUGUAACUUACGGUAAUAAUAAAUUUGUUGCCGUUGCAAAUGGUGGCUUGUCUGCAACUUCAAUUGAUGGGAUUAACUGGACUAUACACAGCUAUUAUUCAACACCUAAUAGGAAAGGCAUUUCUUACGGUAACAAUCGUUUUGUUGUAGUUGGGCAAGACGCUUGGCUUGGGAAAGCUUCCGUUUUCUACUCUUCUGAUGGCACAACUUGGACUAAUGGCAAUGUAUCUCGUAUUGAGGGGGUAGGAUUAGAAGCAAUGGCUAAUGGUUUGGCACUCUAUGCCCAAUUCAAGGCACGCCACGAUGAUGAAGAAGAUAGGACAGCCAUUAUUAAUGCAAUGGAUGUCUAUAAUCGUGGGCGGUACAAUAUUAUGUAUAAUAAGGACACAGGACUUAUGCACACGGCAGGCGAA